UCUCACUACUCUCACUACUCUCACAAGUAACAACCUCUUCACACCAGCAUAUGGCCUCUUCACCAGCUUGAGUCUGCAUCAGAUGGGACUUCCCGCCAGGAUCUAUUGCCGUUAAAUCAUAUGGGGCUGGCUACCUGCGAUCUAUCAUUCAAUCAGCAAAAGCUUCGACCAGCUCUCCCUCUGGGUUAGAACGCUUCGCCAGGCAAACGAACAGUCUCCAUGCAUCAAGCUUCAGCAUCCUCGACUGGCCUCGAUUUCCUUCCGCCGUCACGAAACCUCUACAACUCACACUACCCCUCAACAUACACUCAGACUGGCUGGCCACGAUCUCUGCUCCCUCCCACAAACGCCCCCGUCCAUCGCUACGCUACACCCGACUCAAGCUGUCGAUCAACUGGCUUAGGUCCGUCUGUUGCAGACCGUGAACGUUGGCUACAGUACGCAUCAAACAUACCAGCCAUCUCGACACGCGGCAGGCUGCCCACCCCGCCUGCCGACGACAUGAGUGUGCACCAGCCGCAGCAGAGCACUACCAACGGGGUUCGACAGGGCAUUAACUUCCCUUCGAUAGCAUCAUACCAGACAUCAGCGUCCGCACUGGCCUACCCAUACAACUCCGCAUCUCGUGCGGCGGAAACACUCGGGCUGGGAAGCACGGCCAACAGCUCGGCGUCUCAACUGUAUGAUGACCGGCCACAUAAUGGAGCCACAAAUGGGAUCGAGGAGAGAGUAAAGGAGGUUGUUCCUCGCAAGGAAUCGAUCCACUUGAGUGUGCAGGCAACUCCACCUGUGAAUGGAAGUAGUAUUGGAGAGCUGGCAGCACAGCUAACCUGCCUUUUCUGGUUUGAGACCACCGAGACUCUUCGAAAGGCUGAGAACUGGACGCCAAGCUCUUCUCCAGUCGAAAGGAUAGCUCCUGAUGCCAUACCCACAGCGACAUUCAGAAAAUGGGUCCUCACGAUAUUAUCGACUACACAGGUUACACCGAAUGUCAUCCUCCUGGCGCUCAUGUUCAUCUAUCGUCUGAAGACGCUCAACCCAACCGUGAAAGGCAAGGCAGGCAGCGAAUACAGGCUCCUGACCGUGGCGUUGAUGCUGGGGAAUAAAUUCCUCGACGACAACACCUAUACGAACAAGACGUGGGCUGAGGUGUCUGGGAUCUCGGUGGUUGAGAUCCAUGUGAUGGAGGUCGAGUUUCUCGGCAGCAUGCGAUACAGCCUGCUGGCCUCCAAGGAACAAUGGGCGGAGUGGCAGAUAAAGCUGGGCAGGUUUGGGGACUACUUUGAACGGGCGUCAAAGCUGCCACUGCCACUGCCGUCGCCGGUCAGCAAUACGUUCCCAUCGUCCAAGCUACCCUCGCCAAUACGAGUACAAUCGCAUUCUCCCAUUUCAUCUACACACCUAUCUAACUCGUCGUUUGAGUUAAACCAGCAAUGGCCUUCUCAAUACACCUUAUCACAACCGCUUCCCCAACCACCACAGGCCACGAAGAAGCGGCCCUUUGAGGACUUGUGGGUUGAGCCCCCAUCGAAGAGGCCUGCAACCAUUUCUGCCGCCCAUAUUCCUGCCGUCAUGGUCCCGAAUUCACAGCUCGCUGUCCCACGUCAGCAGGCACCAAGGCUGCCAGUGCCGCAGUUGUCGAUUUCGACAAGCACUGGUGCCGGUUACCCAACAUUCGCACAAACGCUUCCUCCUUUGCCUCCGCUGAAUGGACGUACCAUGUCGCAAGCCUUUCCUGCGACUCCAAGCUGGGCUCCUACCCCUCAGAUAAAUGUCCCUUCUUCGGGCAUGCCGCCACAGGCUCAGCAGGCCUACAGCCUGCCUGGCUCAAACCAUGGCACUCCCUCAAGGCGACACAGCCCUCGGUCGAUCGGUGUGCAUUCGAUGAACUCGUCGCCCAUCUCUGGCAUCUUCCCCACCGCUGUACUCGACCUCAACUCCCCUUCGAUCUUCCUCCAGCAGCGAAACUCGCCAUACAAGCCGAUUCGACUUCCGAAUACCCUUCUCUACCCACCACCCCAGUCCAGUUAUCAGCAUUUCCAGGCAGGCAUCGAUCAGAUGCACUACCAGCCUCUAGGCAAGCGAAAUGACUACCGUUCGGGGGUGGUGCCGGAAUACGUUGCUAAUCCGAUUUACCAACACUACCCUUCACUUCCUCAGCCGACCUUCCAUCCGUUGGCCUAAUUCAUUCUCUCUGUGCUGAACUCGCCCAAGCGAGUCAGCCAAAUUGGUUUUCGAUGGAAACAAAAGUCGGAUAGAAUACAAACCUUUCAUUAUAGGAUUAUAAUACACUACAGACCUGGCGGCACGUAAGAGUCUGCUCGUCCAGUGCAACAGCACAGACAGCUGCGACAAGCAAGCUUUGUGCAUCUUUCAGCAUGGCCCGGUGAUAGCAUUGCGUCGGAGUUCUUUUUUUACCUGUUUUUUACUUGGGUGGGCGGGAAGUAAGGCGUGCAGAGCAUUGCAAUACGGUUUCUGCUCUGGAGAUAGGCGGAUAGAACGCCGAGUCGCUGGAGGCGGCGUCUAUACACAGCUGUGAUGAGGGAUGGAUGUGGAUAGGCUGAUGAGCUGGGCAUUGUGACCUGGUGUUGGGCGGAAAUACCUGACACUGCGAUGGAUUCGGCCGCAUGAGGCCAUCAUAGAUAUAGACUGUAGUGCAGGUGGAAUAUAGGUGCCCCAACGGCUGCCACCGCAAACCUUGGAUGUGAACGUGAGAUCUGUGAAUUGCGUGAAAAAUUGCGUGAAAAAUUGCUGCUUCGCCAUUAUAAUCGCAGCUCGGAACGACGCGAAUUUAUCCUUGGCAAAAAUAUUUUAGAUGGC